AUACAACGAAGAAAACCGCACCUCCGUAGCUGCUUCCGUUCGAGCGCUGUACGCAAUAACGCGCGCACCCUUCCGCGCGCGUUAUUUGGAGAUAUUACGUGCGGAAAUUUUAUGAUGCAAUACACGCGGAGGCAACGCCCACAACUACGAGGAGACGCUGCAGGCGCUACGAGCGGUAGAUCGACUUCGUUCCUACGCGAAAAGGUGACUGGUAUUACCAAUGUUUACCAACUGGAAACUGAGGUUACUCCAGCUGAUGUACUGAGGCUGGAAGUUGUGCCAUCACAGGAGAAUUAUCAAGACCACAUAUCCACCAUCGUUCCAGGGCUCCAGAAAUAACAUUUUCAAACUUAUAUUUCAAACUUUUCCAAGUGUGUAAUUUCCUGCCUCUGAUGUGUGUAUUUUGUCUAAUCCCACUAAAAUUAUAUGGUUUGACUCUGCUGCAUUUUUACCUAAAUAUGUUUGAACAUGUGCUGAAAUAUGGUUCAUGAGGUUGCAGAGGGUGAUUCCAGUCUGUCUGUCAGUGUGUCGACGCUUAUUCUGGCACUACAGGCUACGCGGCGGCCCAUUAGCGA